AGCAGAGCGGAGCAGAGCCGAGCCGAGCAGAGCAGAGCCGAGCAGAGCAGAGCAGAGCCGAGCCGAGCAGCGCCUGCCGCCUCCUCCAGCCAGCCCAGCAUGGAGCUCCGCGCCCUGGCGCUGCUCGCCCUCGCCCUGGCCGUCAUCUCCCUCUCGGAGGAGAAACCCGUCAGCCUGACUUACCGAUGUCCCUGUCGAUUCUACGAGAGCAACGUGGCAAGAGCCAAUAUUAAGCACCUCAAAAUCCUCUCCACACCCAACUGCUCACUUCAGAUUGUUGCAAGGCUCAAGAGCAACAGCAAGCAAGUGUGCAUUGAUCCCAAGUUAAAGUGGAUCCAGGAAUAUCUGGAGAAAGCUUUAAACAAACCACGUCAUCGCACUCAUAAAAAAAAGCAACAGAAGAAACGGGGCCCACUCUGCCCUUCCCGUGCAACACCACUAAAGUCUCCAGGGAGAAAGAAUGGAGGUUCAAGAUGUAAGAGGCAAGCAUUGUAAGCCGUCUACAGGAUUUCUUACUGUAGGACCCAGAGAGCAGAUAACCAGUAUUAGGGACUGAAUACAUUUCACUGCUAACAUGCAGCACAAAAGCAACGCUUCACGCAAUUCCAAAGGUUUUUUCCUUGGUUCUUUUUGGGUUUUUUUUGUUUGGUUUUUUUUCCCCUUGCACAAAUUGGCUUGCUUUCAUAGUGCUAUUUUUAUAUAGUAAGAUGCAACUAUUUGAGAAAAAUAUGAAUUUAUACAGGUUGGUUUAUUACCUAGCACUGGGGGCAGAUACCAAUUUAAACUAACCCUGUUAUUAUAUGACAUUUUAUUUCCUUUGUUGUGUAGAGGUCCUGCUUUAUUUAACUUUCUUUUGGUUCAUGCAAGUCUCCUGGAGUUUUAAACCUAGAAAGACAUGAACUGUACAGUGCAAUGAUGUUGUGUAAGUAGUGGUGGAACUCCUUGCCUCCAGAAGUCAUAGAGGCCAAGAACAUAGGAAGGCUCAAAAGCAUCAGACUGAUGACUAUAGACAACAUUACCCUGGGUGGCAUUACAGAUAUUUUGGAUGAGUGAUUAAACUCAGGGCUACAGGGCUAAAGCCCUUCUCUGAAGAUCAGAACCCUUGCUGACAGCUAUGAGCAGCUGGAUCAAUGCACAUCUGGUACUGCAAGGUGCUAAUACUUGGUUUGUAGCAGUUGUGUGUGUUAGGAGCCACAACACAGUUCUGAUGUCAUCUGGCAUUUCCUAUGUUCUUGUGUUUCUGAUGAUAAAUUUAGCAAAAAAAAAAAGGAAUGGGUUAUCAAAGCUCUGACCACAAGAUCAUGUUGCAAGCUGCUGGAGGAGUCAGAUGCGCUGCCAUGCACCAGGGAUCUCCCAGCCAUCCAUAGGAGGGGACUUCAGCUUGCCUGUCUGGCUUUGCACUGAAGUAGGCUGAGAUUUAUUCACCCUUCACCAACAUGAACAUUUGUACCUGCCUGAGGGCAGCCACACCCCUGAUUGCUCUGGAGAUGCCCAGAAGAGGAUUUGUGGCCACACCUUGGAGAAGAGAGAUGCCUGGGGCAGGAGGGGGUCUGCGCAGUUUGUGGAAGGAGAGGUGUUUCACUGGUGUGGAAAUGAAGGCCAGCACUCCAGUUCACCAGCUAUCAGGGGUUUGCUGGUGAACAGGAUAGCCUCUGGAAUGCCCUUUGCAAAGCACAGCCUAUGACAGGCACCACUCCUUGCACUGAUCCCCUAAGCCAGAAGUUUCUUCCUCCUUAUUCCUUCCUGCAUACACAAUAUCUGCUACGUGGUAUGGAGAGACAUCUGCAGCACUGCAAGGAUCAUGUCAUGCUGUGCACUGAGAUCUGGGGGGAAGCACUUUUGUGCAGCACAAUGCUUGUGUUUGUAUGUAUCUGUGUUUGUAUUGUCAACAAAAAAAUGUUGUAAGAGUGUCUUUUGUAAGCUGGUUGAUUCAAAAGAAAUCUUCCCUCUUCCCUGCAGCCUGUGUCAGGAACACUGAGAGGAGUGUUUCACACUCCCUUUUGUGGUAGGCAACUUUAGUGCCACAGAGGCACUUUGGCUAUCCAGAGACUCCAUUAUUUCCAUGUGGAUUCAGGUAAAAAUCUUGUCUUUUCCUUUCUGCAAAACAGGGCUAUUGCAGAGAGGCCUUCAGCUGGGAACAACUCACCUCAUUUGCUUUAAAGCAGAAACAAACUGCUGUGCCUAAAAUAUUUGUGUUUGUGCUUUUGACAUUCCUUUUGUUAUCAUUACCAGCCUGGUGCUUUAAGUAUAUUGUGUCUGUGUUUUGAAAGGUCUGGUACCACUGUACUUGAUGACAUUGAAGUUUUGAUAUAGUAUUAGUAGGAUCAGAUCCUGUCCUGGAAAGAGAAAGAAAGAAAGAAAUUAAUUUUAUGAGAAAAGCAGAGGUUUUCUAUGUUCCCUGGGCUGUAUUUGAUAUCCUAGACACCAUUCCCUGUCCCACAAACCACCUGCAUUUGCCAGUGGUUUGCCAGAGGUGGACAUGUGAGUGUCCAAGCCAAGAAUAACUGCAGAAAAAGUCACCCAGGAAAGAGCAUCCUUCACACAUAACCUCUGUCAAAGGACAGCCUGAGGUCUGAUUGAUCCCCAUUGCAGUAAAUGGAGAAUUAAAUAAUCCUCUGAUUUUGAUUCAGCAGCAUGCCCUGUUCAUUAUGACUGGGGCCAUGACCGUUUUGUUUCCAGGGGAAGCUUUGGCAUUCUGGUGAGAA